AGAAAAUAAUAAAAAAAAACGAAAUCCACAAAAAACAACAACAAAAAUCAAUUCAACUUCAUCGUCAUUAACAACAGAAACUAAUUCGGCAUUAUCGCAAUUAACAAUAGAAACUAAUUCAACGUCAUCAUCAUUAACAGAUACAAUUAAUUCAACAUUACCAUCAUUAACAACAGAAAUUAAUUCAACGUCACCACCAUUAAAAACAACAAGUAGUUCAAGAUCACCACCAUUAACAACAAAAGAUGAACAUAUUCAAUUUAUAUUAAAUUUAAUGAAGAAAUGGACAGAAAAUAGCAAAGAAAAUUUACAUCUUGAUCAAUUAGCAUUAAAACCGGAUGUUGAUUAUGGUUCCGCUAGAUUCCAUUCGAUUCCAUUGGAUUCCUUUGGAUUCCAUUGGAUUCCAUUGGAUUCCAUUGGAUUCCUUUGGAUUCCAUUGGAUUCCAUUGGAUUCCGUGGGAUUCCAGGAUUCCAGGAUUCCGUGCUUUCCCCCUUGGUCUACUGUCCACUUUUCAUGUAA